GUGGAAAUGGAGAGUCUGGCUCACCAGGGGAACCUCACCUUGGACAAGCCUAUGUCCGGAGGCCCGAUCGCAGCCGCUCUCUCCAUGACCCUGGGCGUCAUCUCCAACAUCGUGGCCUUGUUCAUCCUGGCCAACGCCUACUCCCACCAGCGCCGACGCUCCAAAGCCACCUUCCUCCUCUUCGCCAGCUCCCUGGUACUGACAGACUUUUUUGGCCACAUCAUCCCGGGAGCGCUGGUCCUCCGGCUUUACCUCUCCGGAGGGGUGUUCCCCGAGGCGGCCGCCGCUUCCUCAAACGGCUCGACCGACCCCAUGUGCCAGUUCCUGGGUGGAUCUAUGGUGUUCUUCGGCCUGUGCCCGCUCUUCCUGGGCUGUGCGAUGGCCGCCGAGCGCUGUCUGGGUGUUACGCAGCCGCUGCUCCACUCCUCCUUAGUUACCACCACCCGUACCAAGCUGUCCCUCUCUGGUAUCUGGCUGGUGGCCCUCUGCGUGGCCCUGCUGCCCUGUUUCCAGCUGGGGUCAUACACCUACCAGCACCCCAACAGCUGGUGUUUUAUCAAGGUCUUAGCUAACGACACCCAGGAAGCGGACGUAGCCUUCGUUACGCUCUUCUCCGGGCUGGGCCUGACGUCGCUGGGGGUGGCCCUGGUGUGUAACACCAUUAGCGGGCUGACCCUGGUUCUGGCCAGGCUGAGACGGAGGCCAUCGGGCUACUCAACGUCCCACAGCCACCGCUCAGUAGCCAAGAGCCAUGAUAUAGAGAUGGUGGUGCAGCUGGUGGGCAUCAUGGUCACGUCCUGUAUCUGCUGGAGCCCUCUGCUGAUCUUCGGGCUCAUGUCGGUGAUGCGCUCCUAUAGGGGCUCCAUUGAUAAAGCUGACAUGGCCACCUACGAGACGUUGAAUUUGAUGGGCGUGAGGCUGGCUUCCUGGAACCAGAUCCUGGACCCCUGGGUCUAUAUCCUGCUGCGCCGGGCCGUCCUCCGCAAGAUCUACCUCAUCACCAAGCGCCAGGCCGAUUUGAACGGGAGUGUGCUCCGACGCUGGGAGGGGAACUCGUUUCAGAGCAAGAGCUCAGAGAACAAUCCCGUUAACAGGAUAUGAGAUCAUAACCAAGCGCCAGGCCGAUUUGAAGGGGAGUGUGCUGCUACGCUGGGAGUGGAACCCCUUUCAGAGUCAAAGCUUGGAGAAGAAAACAGUCAACAGGAUAUGACUGUGUGACCGACGGUGUUCGAGUGAAUGACAGAAGAAGACUGCAUUAGCCCGCUAAGCUAAAGCCUAGUAUUGACCAGGGAGCCAAAGCAACUCUUUAGGUCUCAGGCAAGGUUACUCAUCAUGCAGCGAGCGUGGUCCUUGGUACUUUGUGGAGGUCACCGACAGAAAAAGAGGACAUUUCUGUUAUCACGUAUAGUGAAGGAUACGAUGCUAUGAAAAAAGAGGAUUACAAGUUCUUCAGCCAUGGCAGUAUCUCUCAAUCUUCUUUAUCACAGUGACUGGCAAGCUAAGAUCAUCCUCCUUUGGAUAUCUCUUAAAUUAAAACUAGGAAUUGAGUACGGACAUACCCGGUGUCCGAGUACGGUCUAUUGGACCAGUCAGUCUGCAUUAUCCCACUGACCGAGAGUUGAGAAACACAUUAGCCCACAGAUGGAGAGUUUAGAAACACAUUAGCCCACAGAUGGAGAGUUGAGAAACACAUUACCCCACAGAUGGAGAGUUGAGAAACACAUUACCCCACAGAUGGAGAGUUGAGAAACACAUUACCCCACAGAUGGAGAGUUGAGAAACACAUUACCCCACAGAUGGAGAGUUGAGAAACACAUUACCCCACAGAUGGAGAGUUGAGAAACACAUUACCCCACAGAUGGAGAGUUGAGAAACACAUUACCCCACAGAUGGAGAGUUGAGAAACACAUUACCCCACAGAUGGAGAGUUGAGAAACACACUUGCAUAGUGAGUAGGUCAAAGGCUUGAAGCGUAUGAAAAUGUGCAGCUAUAUCAGCACAGGUUCAUCUGAGAGAUCAGAAGGUCAAAGCCUAGCUACAUAUCUUCAUGAAUAGAAUGUAACGCAUAAAAAUAUCACAAUUCAUUCAACAUAUUGGAUCUCAUUUGUGGAACGUUACAUUUGAUUAUUCUGAAGUCUGUUGGUUAAGGUUUAACAAUGACAUUUUAACAUCAUCGAUGUGUAACGAUUCCAGAACGAUUCCAAAGAAACGGAGUUGUAUGCUAUGUAAAUGUUAUGCUAAGAUUAAGAUUGUUUGUUAAGUAAAGGGAGAACUAUGAUUUUUCCUGAGCUUCUGAUGUAUAAAAUGCUACUUCAUGUCAAAUAUUGUACAAGUUAUAAAUAUUUAUUGCUUUUCCUCAAUUCUCUGGG